UAUUUCUUUCUGAUUUCUUUGCAUUUGACAGCAAAAAAAUCAAAAGGAUAUCCAUUCUUUGUCUCUCUCACUAAGUUUCAAGUCUGGUGCCACGUAUCAAAAAUCGUGAACGAUGGUGCGUCGCGAAAGUUUCGAAGGAAACGUGUCAGCCAGUAUGUCCUGAACAGCGAACUACCUCUUCGAUUGCGUCAUAUCUAACGUUACAGCCGGCGGGACCACGAGAAAUAAGUGGAGCACUUUCAUAAAGAAAAGAUAGGUGGGCUGCCGAAUCAUUGGUACGCCCCGAUCGAUUGACAGCCCGUGGCAAUCGAAAAUCGUACCGUGCCAAUCGAAAAUCAAGAUUUUGCUGGUUCACCGUCUUUUGUCAUAGCAAUACGCCCAGGAAGAUUCAAGAAACUUUGAUCUUAAUGCGAGGAGAUAGUUUUAGAUCCAUUUAGAUCACAUUACGUUCUUUCUAUAUUCGCAUAUGUUAAAUCAAAUAGGCUUGCAUGACUUUCUUUUUUCUUACGAGUAUCGUAACGAACAAAUAAGAAUUUGAUCAAAUUUUUAAAAAAUCCGUAAAUAAAGAUAUGUAACAGGUAUGACAAUAUAUCCAUAUAUGGAUCCGGAUCCACUUCGAUCGAGUCCUUUGUCCUAUGCUUUUUUUUCUGUUUUGCAUUAAUUAAAAAAAGAGCAGUCAGCUUUGAUUUUACCAAGUAUGGGGAUACUCAAGGUCGAAGAAAGAAGUUUAUGGGCCACUAACCGACGACGAGCUAUAUACCGGAUAUACUUCGGUAAUCCUAAUUUCUCGCUUUCGAUCUCUUGAAAAAAUACAAUAUCAUUAUUUGAAAUCUUAUUAUUUAGUUACAGUUAAAUACCAAAACAUCAUUGCUUUUAACUCAUCUAAUAGAAUAGAUUGUAGCUACGUAUUGUGUCUAAAGUAUAUAUCUGGAGACUUCAAUGAAUGCAAUUGCAAAGGAAAUGAACAUUUCAUCAAAGUUUCUCCGAUAAACAACUUGUAUGAAGGAGAAAGUGGAAUGUAGAAAAUGUUACGAGGGUAAAAAGAAAUGACAGAUAGUUCGAAAGUAGGGUCAAAAUGGAAAGACAAAGGAUAGAUUGGUAAAUGGAUACCUUGAUAAACGGAUUGAAUGACAAGGUCAGAAAGAAAGGCGAGACUUGGCAGAGAAGUCUACGGUAUAAUUAAGUAACUCGUAGCAAGGACGUGGCCCAGUCCGAAACGAUGGUUCCUCCAUGGUGCCGAUGAUCCAACGAUCACUGGCUGGUCGUGCAUUGGGCGUGGUCCGAUUUCUUGCUCAAUUUCGCAUUGCUCCGUGGCCGCGAAUCGGUUGACCGUCGUAAGAACCGUCACCCGGUUACGUCAGCAGCCCCGUGAGCCCUGCUCCGUCGAGUAUAAAAGCCGAAAACCAUCCAUCCAUAGCAUCAUUCGCAUCACAAACUACCAGAUCGACAGAUCUACCAAUCCACUCGAAGAACAAUGGCCUUCAAGUUCGUAGCCUUCGCCACUCUCGUGGCCGCCGUUAAUGCUGGUCUGAUCCCAGCCUCCCCUGUGGCUUAUGCUACGGCUCCAGUAGCUGCAGUGGCUCCAGUAGCUGCAGUGGCUCCAGUAGCAAAAGCUGUAGUAGCUAAAGCCGUUGAUGCCGACUACGAUCCGCAUCCCCAAUAUAGCUACGCUUACGACGUGCACGACAGUCUAACUGGUGAUGCUAAGAACCAACAGGAGACUCGUGACGGCGAUGUCGUUCAGGGUAGCUACUCUCUUCUCGAAGCUGAUGGCUCCAGACGCACCGUUGACUAUACCGCUGAUCCUGUAAAUGGAUUCAAUGCCGUUGUACGCAAAGAACCCGCUACCGUCGCUGUUAAAGCCGUAGCUGCUGCUCCAGUAGCUCACGUUGCAACCCCAGUUGCCCACGCAGUUGCCCAUGCUCCUCUGACUUACGCCGCACACGUCACAGCUCCCGUUGCUCAUACUGCUCCCCUUGCUUACGCCGCACCAGUAUCCAAACUCGCUGCAGCCCCAGUCGCCCACGUUGCUCCUCUCGCUUAUGCCGCACCUGUCGCCAAAUUCGCCGCUCCUCUCACUUACGCCGCACCCGUAGCCAAACUUGCAACCCCCGUCACGUACGCACAAGCAGCCCCGGCCUACUAUCAUUGAACUGAUCUCUGAACUCAUCUCUUGUUAGGAACAAUGUUUGAUCAAUAAAUUUGUUUUUUUUAGCAACUAUAUAAAAAAA